AUGCCGUCACACGCCGAGCCGUGGAUCGACGGUGGGGACGAGGACGACGAAGACGUGUGGAGGUUCGCCGACGGGACUUUGAUGACGUUUAAAUCCUGGCACAGAUCUAGCUACGGGAGGUCGCAACCUGACCACGAUGGAAACUGUGUCCGACUUAAUGGAAUCAAUUCAGAUUGGAGUAACACAACAUCGAAAGUUUGCACACCGACUAGGAGUAACACAACAUCGAAAGUUCGCACACCGACUAGGAGUAACACAACACCGAAAGUUCGCACACCGACUAGGAGUAACACAACACCGAAAGUUCGCACACCGACUAGGAAUCCGUGUCCAACAGAGAAAGGAUACAAAUUCUCCAGCGACCCCCGUCUGUGUUACAGACUUGGGCUGGAUAGAAAGAAUCAUGAUGACGCGAUGGCUGCUUGCCAAAACGAUGGCGGAUUCCUAAUUCGAAUCGACUCACAGAAAAAAAACGACUACGUCGCUCAGCUGUACCAAGAAAAUGUAAUGUCAACGUCCUCGCAGCCGUGGAUAGACGGUGACGACAGUGACAGAGAGAAUGAAUGGAGGUUUACAGAUGGUACGUUGAUGACGUACACACAGUGGAAAUCCGGCCAGCCUAACCACGAUGGAAACUGUCUGCGAAUUCGACUUAAUAAUCAGAAAGUGGAAUGGUGGGACGGAAACUGUGAUCAAAGACUGGAGUACAUUUGUGAAAUACCCACCGCAUAG